CAAAAGUUAUUUUUUCACAUCACCUUCAAUUGCAACCUAUCUAUAUCAUUAAAUGGAACACUAUUAUUAGCAUAUCUAUGGCUGCUCACCUUGGCCUUGCUUCCCUAUCCCAUUCCCAACUCCAAAAUUUUGCUCAAUCUCACCACAUCCCAGCGCCGCCGUCGCCACCGCCGGAUUCCGCCUCGACGGUUGGAUACUGGAUGUGGAACCCUAGAAACACGGCGGCGGAGGAGGAAGAGGAGGACGAUUCUUGGGAGAUUAAAGCGUUUGAAGAGGACACUAGCAAUGCUACAUGGCCGCCGAGGUCUUACCCCUGCACCUUUUGCCGGCGGGAGUUCCGCUCCGCCCAAGCCCUCGGCGGCCACAUGAACGUCCACCGCCGGGAACGUGCUCGCCUCCAACUCCCCACCACCACAAGCGCCGGCCUUUGCCGCCUCCUCUACUCCUUGCCACCAAACCCUAACGGCGGCGCCGCCUUCUCUCCCGCCUACACGAAACCUUCCGCAAAUUCUUCCCCGCGCCUUCUCUCCGUUUCGCCUUUCACGACUAAUAGUUUUCCGGCGACGCCUCCGUGCCGUAUAACCUCACCUCUCCACCCAUCUGUCUCCGAUGACAACACCAACAUCAAAAAUUACCGUUUUGGGACUCAAAGGAGAGAGCCCGCCAUUGUAGAGGAGCUAGAUCUCGAGCUUCGGCUUGGAUGCAGCUCAUCAUCACCAUGACAGGCAAAUAAUAAUAACAUAUAUAUAUAUAUAUAUAUAUAAUCUGCUAUAUAUAAAUAUAUUGUUUAUGUGUAUGGCAUGCUUUUUCUUUCCUUGAUUUUCAACCUUAUUGUGACGAUUUUGUUUACAGAUUGAUUAAUUCAUUCUGCUUGAACUGGGAUUAAA